GCACCAGUGACGUCUCCGCCCAGCAGUCUGUUGGGUCCCGCCCACAAAGUUUCUCAACCAAGUGACAGCUAAGACAGCGGGGAGGCAGCACGACUGGACCCUCCGCGGAGAGACGGACCACAGAACUGUUUUCCUCCGCGACAAAUCCAGUGUCCAGGUGAGGUCACGUAGCCGCCCACAUGUCAGAGCCGGCCGUGGAGGCGAAGGUGGAGGUCAAGCAGGCGAGCAAAGAGGUGAAGGAGAGCGAGAACGCCGCGGAGAAGUACUCAGCCAUGACGGUGAGCAAGAACAGCGAGAUGAACAUGGGAGAGCUGGCGUCCGUCUUCAGCGCGGUGCCCACUCACAAACCGGUCAAGAAGCAAAUCCAGUUUGUAGAGGAGAAGCAGGAGUUCAGCCGGUUCCCCACAAAGACCGGCCGGCGCUCGCUGUCCCGCUCCAUCUCCCAGUCAUCCACAGACAGCUACAGCUCAGCUGCGUCCUACACGGACAGCUCUGAUGACGAAACUUCACCCCGCGACAAAACCCAGAUCAACUCCAAGGGCAGCAGUGACUUCUGCGUCAAAAACAUCAAGCAGAACGAGUUUGGCCGACGGGAGAUUGAGAUAGCAGAACAAGAUAUGUCAGCUCUGAUUUCACUCAGGAAGAGAGCACAGAGUGAGAAACCGUUGGCAGGUGCCAAGAUUGUGGGCUGCACUCACAUCACCGCGCAGACCGCAGUGCUCAUCGAGACUCUGGUGGCGCUCGGCGCUCAGUGUCGGUGGACAGCCUGCAACAUUUACUCCACCCAGAAUGAAGUGGCUGCUGCUCUGUCAGAAACCGGCGUCGCCGUGUUUGCCUGGAAAGGAGAAUCUGAAGACGACUUCUGGUGGUGCAUUGACCGCUGCGUCAACACGGAGGGUUGGCAGCCCAACAUGAUCCUUGACGAUGGAGGAGACUUGACACACUGGGUGUACAAGAAAUACCCCAACGUCUUCAAGAAGAUCCGAGGCAUCGUGGAGGAGAGUGUUACUGGCGUUCACAGACUGUAUCAGCUCUCUAAAGCUGGAAAACUGUGCGUCCCAGCCAUGAAUGUGAACGACUCUGUGACAAAGCAGAAGUUUGACAACCUGUACUGCUGCCGGGAGUCCAUCCUGGAUGGCCUGAAGAGAACCACAGAUGUCAUGUUUGGAGGGAAGCAGGUGGUUGUCUGUGGGUAUGGUGAGGUUGGAAAAGGCUGCUGCGCUGCUCUGAAAGCUUUGGGAGCUGUCGUCUCUGUGACAGAGAUCGAUCCCAUCUGUGCCCUGCAGGCCUGCAUGGAUGGAUUCAGGGUGGUCAAACUGAACGAGGUCAUUCGGCAGGUUGACGUCAUCAUAACAUGCACUGGGAACAAAAACGUGGUGACCAGAGACCAGCUGGACCGCAUGAAGAACGGGUCCAUCGUCUGCAACAUGGGUCACUCCAACACUGAGAUCGAUGUGGCAAGUCUUCGGACACCCGAACUGACCUGGGAGAGAGUCCGCUCUCAGGUGGAUCACGUCAUCUGGCCUGAUGGCAAAAGAGUAAUUCUCCUGGCGGAGGGCCGCCUCCUGAACCUCAGCUGCUCCACUGUUCCUACUUUUGUUUUGUCCAUCACAGCCACCACUCAGGCUCUGGCCCUGAUAGAGCUGUACAACGCUCCCGAGGGACGAUACAAGCAGGAUGUUUACUUGCUUCCUAAGAAGAUGGAUGAGUACGUCGCCAGCCUGCAUCUGACCACCUUCGACGCCCACCUGACAGAACUCAGUGACGAGCAGGCCAAGUACCUGGGCCUGAAUAAGAACGGCCCGUUCAAGCCCAACUACUACAGGUACUAGGCUGUCAAACGGCCCAGAAGCCCCGAAUGUGGAUCCCUGUCCUCCAGUGAGCGGAGAUGUCUAUAGAUGCUGUUUUCUACGCCUCACUGGGUACAUACGUUGUUUUAGGAGUACUGCAGUGAUUGCAGCAGGCUUGUGUCAGUACAACUUCCCUUUGAUGAAACGUGCCACACAGAGAAAGAAAGCUGGUACUUGUGUUUCUGA